AGGUCCAGCCCUCUGUGUGUUACGCUCUGUUAAGCACAGAAGCCCUAAGUUCUUCUAUAACUAAUUUGGACCUGUUAUUUCUUGGCUCUCACAAUCCUCUCCCCUCUAAGAAGCAGGGUGAGCCCACAAGAAGCAAUGGAGCAGGGCAGCGGCCGCUUGGAGGACUUCCCUGUCAAUGUGUUUUCCGUCACUCCUUACACACCCAGCACGGCUGACAUCCAGGUGUCCGAUGAUGACAAGGCGGGGGCGACCUUGCUCUUCUCAGGCAUCUUUCUGGGACUGGUGGGGAUCACAUUCACUGUCAUGGGCUGGAUCAAAUACCACGGUGUCUCCCACUUUGAAUGGACCCAGCUCCUUGGGCCUAUCCUGCUGUCGGUUGGGGUGACAUUCAUCCUGAUUGCUGUGUGCAAGUUCAAAAUGCUCUCCUGCCAGUUGUGCAAAGAAAGUGAGGAAAGGGUCCUGGACUCGGAACAGACACCAGGAGGACAAUCAUUUGUUUUCACUGGCAUCAACCAACCCAUCACCUUCCAUGGGGCCACUGUGGUGCAGUACAUCCCUCCUCCUUAUGGUUCUCCAGAGCCUAUGGGGAUAAAUACCAGCUACCUGCAGUCUGUGGUGAGCCCCUGCGGCCUCAUAUCCUCUGGAGGGGUAGCAGCUGCCAUGCCGGGUCCUCCUCAAUACUACACCAUCUACCCUCAAGAUAACGCUGCAUUUGUGGUUGAUGAGGGCUGCCCUUCUUUCAUGGAUGGUGGAAAUGACAGGCCCAGUCCUGAUGCUGAACAGCUAGAAGAGACACAGCUGGAAGAGGAGGCCUGUGCCUGCUUCUCUCCUCCCCCUUAUGAAGAAAUAUACUCUCUCCCUCGCUAGAGACUAUUCUGAUACAAUAAUAUAAUGCUCAGCUCAGGGAGCAAAUGUUUCCAUCAUUGUUACCUGACAACUGUGGUGCUCUAUGUGACCUUCAGAAGUUACAGCAGCGCAGCUCGGGCAGCCUGAUAGAGAUCAUUCAACAAAUAGAAAGGGGAAAUGGGAGGUGCAGGGUCUCAGAUUGGUAAAAAUUAGGCUGGGCUGGGGAAAUUCUCCUCCGGAACAGUUUCAAAUUCCCACGGGUAAGGAAUCUCCUGUGUAAGGUUCAGGAGCAGGAAUUUCACCUUUUCAUCCACCACCUUUCCCCCUCCCCGGUAGGAAGGCACUGGUGGCUCAAUUUUAACUCCAGCAGCCAAUGGAAAAAUCACGACUUCUAAGACUUUUGGAGUUUCCACAGAGGGAAGAGUCGGGUGGGAAGGAAGCAGGGAAGAGAAAGCAGGCUCAGCUGCAGAUUUCCCAGUGGCAGUCCUCCAGACCAAAGCAGACUCAUUUAUCCCAAACAACUUGGCUGCCAUCUGGCUUCUCUGAGGACUCUGGAUACCUUAAGGCUAUAAAACAAAACAAAACAAAACCAGUAAGCCAAUGAAAUAAAACAAAGCAUGUCUUCUGUCAGAAUGGUAUUGGAUAGUUGGCUAAAUUAUACAAAAUAGAUCAUAAUAGGAUAAGGCUGUGAAUAAAUCCUUCCCUGAUCACUGAGUCACAGUGAUCCUUGGCGGCUGCUGUUCUCUUCUGCAAGGCUGAAGCUUGAUGUGUGAUGUACGUGGGUGGGCUCUUGGUCCACCCCAGAUUGGGGCCUGUGCCAGGGUGCCAGGCAUGAACUCACUGGGCCCAGAGGCUGACAGAAUACAGGACUUCCCUAAGCACCCGCAGAUUGGUGGAGUGAGACAGAGCAGAGCUGCCAUGUCAACACAUGGGCAAUUAUAUGAUGAAAACAAUUCCUGUGACUAAAAGAAACUCAUCCUCUUCAUUAAAAAACUUUGGUGUCCUUAA